AUGCCAGGUAUCAAAAACACAUGCUCAGAACCGGUGCAAACCAAUUCGGAGGUCACGCAACCAUCAAGGACAACGACGUCAUCUUCUUAUGCCAUAUGCAUGGACGAUAUUCCUCCAGCAGUCCCAUCGGUCCACAACAUGCUAGACAAACAAAAAGUGUGGUUAGUGGGGUCCUCAAUACUGAAGCAUGCUCAAUUAGAAGCAUUUUUAAGACCUGGAGGUCUUCACCUGAACUUGAAAAGGCUAAAUAUUUCAUUAUGGUGGCAGGGGUACAGUGGCCUGAAAUUGUCUCAAGUAGAGCAGAAGCUUAAAACCCUUGCAAAGGUGGGUCCUGCACCUAAUGUCAUUUUAAUACACUGUGGGGGAAAUGACUUAGGGGAGACUUCUAUUAGAAAACUCAGGCUAGUUUGCAUGAAGCUUUUUCAAUUUAUUCAAACCAACUUCCCACAUUCUAAGGUCAUUUGGUCUUGCAUCCUUCCACGCAUACAAUGGCGUUAUUCUCAAAACUCUCGUGCUAUAGAAUCACAACGUAAACGCCUUAAUUCUUGUGCAUCCAGGUUAGCCUUGCGGUAUGACGGCGCAAUUAUCCGCCAUCCUGAUAUAAAGCGUGACUCCUUGUUUUUCUGUGAUGGAGUACACUUGUCAAAAUUGGCUAAUGCUGUUUUCCUAAAUACUCUUCAGGGGGGUCUUGAGGCUAUCUUAACAAAAGGGCAUGCUUGUUAUCCGGCUUAGCAAGCUUACCCUAGGGCACGGUUGUAAGUUAAAUCC